ACACCGACACAUUUACUCUGUGCAUUUUUUCGCGUGGCACUGUUUGAAAUCGUGGAGGUGGAGCAGAGGAGGAGGAGACGGGGGCGACUACCUCGAAGGCGAUGGCGACUGAGCUGGCCGCCGACGACCCCCCCGUAGUGCACCUCCGCGCGACGGGCGAGGCACUCGCCACAGACAUGGCGGACGAGCACCGCGCGGGAGGCGAGGGUCGCGGCAUGACGACCGUCUACGACCUCUGCACCACCGACAAGCGACCGUCGCGCACCGUCCCCACCGUCGACGACCUGUGCGCCGCCAACAAGCCAACUCCGCGGGUCGUCCCCACAGUCCCGGAGUUCCCCGUAGCCGAGGAGCUACCCAAUCCAGAGCUUUUAAACAAAGAUACAAUUCCCGAGCCUUUGGAGUCAAACAACAACAGUAAAAAUGAUGGUUCAGGGGAUGAUAGCAUGGAUGAGCAAGAGGAGCAAAGUAUAGUUGAUAUGACAGAAUCAGAUGCAUCAGACGGCAUGCUGAUCGAUGGCCUGAGAACAUUUUUACAGAAAAGACAAGAGAGGAAGCAGGAGAGGAGUGCUUUGAAAGAGAAAAGGAAGAAGAGGACAAGGCCAGAGAAAGGAAAAGCCAAAGGGCACAUGAACAAAGGAAGAGCAACUGCAUACAGCAGGUUUAGCAUUGGAUAUUUCGCGAAGAUUGUUGAUGUUGUGUGCCAAAGCAAUCAUAGGAUGGAGGUUGUGAGGAACGGCGGUUUUGGAUACUUGCUCGAGCUAGAAGAUUGUUAUGUUCCAAGGCCUUUUGCUCAAUGGGUCGCAGACAACAUAUCCACAAAAGAGGAAGCAAUUGUACUUGGUGGCAAAUCAGUCCCUCUCAACCCUGAAGCCGUAUCAUUAGUUCUUGGUAUACCAGCAGGAAGAACAAAGAUCAGAGUGCUCGACGAGGAGUCCGGGAAAGCGGAGUUUCUAUCACUGUUUGGGCUAACAGAUCUUCCAUCAAUAAGUUUCUUCAGAAAUAAGCUUAUGAAGGAAGAGCUGCCUGACGACGUUUAUCUUCGCUGCUUCUUGACUGUCGCACUAGCAACCUUCCUGUGUCCCACAUCCAACACAAAGCCAAGCACCAAAUAUUUGGGAGCCCUUGUUGAUGUGUCAAAGUAUAAAGAUCUUUAUUGGUGCUCUUUCGUCCAUACAUGGAAUAUCUCUUAUGUCAAGAAAUAUCAAUCAGACAAGCUGAAGGAGAAACGGAUAACAACAACUUUGGGAGGCUGCAUAUAUCAGCUAGCAGUUCGGUGUCUAGACUUCAACAAUUUUGGAUCAAUAACAAUCCCUCCAGCACUACAAACCAUUAAACAUUUCAGUGAUAUGCUCCUCGGGAAAGAUGGACUCUAUGGAGCUCUCCAAAUCAAAGAUGAGGCAGAAACUUGCUAUGCACAAACUGAUGGUGCAUGGGCAAGCACCUCCAAGAACUCUAACAUCAGAAAAGCUAUACAUAGGGUCUUAGGCAACUCUUUUCCAGAGAAGAUCAAAGAAGAUAUAUUCCUCAAUUUCCAGGAGCGCGUAAAAGAUCAAAACCUGUCCACAUGUCUGAUAGCAAAACUAGUGCUGCUAGACACUUUGAACAUUGUUUCUUCUUCUUUCGAUGGCUCUCAACAUACCGAGAAGUUAGAGUCCUCCGACCAUUUGUAUAUGCCAACUAACGAAGAUAAUGGGUCUGGAAGUACUAUUAGAGUUGAUUCCAAUGGGAUUGAGAUAAACAGUGAUGGAAGAGGCAGGAAGAAGAGAAUGAAGACUAGUACACAGCAGUCAGAAACUUCAACAACUAAGGACAAUAUAUUGGAAGUUAAAAUAAAGGGAAGCAGACUUGAAGCAGCUGUGGAAGGAGGGGAAGCUGAAAUGCAGUCAGUACCGGGCAAUGGUCACACGAAAGAGCUCCAAAAAGAAGUUGUAAUGGAACAAACCAUGCAGAAUAGCAACGUCGCAACACAACAACCAGAGAUGAAUAUGCUUGAUGCAGAUACCAAUUUUCCCAAGUGCAAUGCUAGUGAUUGUUCGACUCAAAAAGAAGCACCUGAAAAGAGCACUAGCCUGAACUACAUGUUGUUAUCAGCUAGAUUGGCAAGAGCACUCGAAACGACAGAACAAGAUAUGAAUUCAAAGGAUGAAGCCAGCACACAUGUACCACCAACUUUCUCAGGUUUCCAACAUAACGCUGUUAACAGUAAUCAAUCUGAGCAUUGCACCGAAAGCAAGACAAUGUAUCAAGCAAACAAAGCAGCAGCAAUUGAGUGUGUGGAAUUAGAUACCACUGCCUUCCCACAAGACAACAAUAACCAAGAUGAUUUUCGUUUCAAUGAAGUCAGGGAGCAGGGGAAACAUGCAGGACUUGAUAUUGAUAUCAACAUACCACUAUCAAAUAGCGGUAUAGAUGACAAGCAUAAACAUGUGGAAGAUUUCCAACACACUAUGCAUCCAUUGGACAUUGCAAGACAAAAGUAUUUCUUUUUUGAUGAUAUGGCACCUAGCUGCAGAAUUUUUGUUGACCAUGAUGAUUGUGGGAACGAAAUAACAGAGCCAGAACUGUGGCGCGAUCUAGACAUGGACUCGAAUGCAUAUGAAGUCCAAAUAGAGGAAGCUAAGAAAAAAAUAUAAAUCGAAUACAAGUAAGGACAUAAUCAAAGGAUUUAGCUCACAGCAUGAGCAAACAGCACAGGGUGAUUCAUCCAUACAUUGUGCGCAGAAAGAGCCUGCGACAACAGAAAUGUGCAAGUACAGAAACUUUCUUCCUGGGUUCGAAGAAAUAGACGACAUUAUUGACUUGACAUCUCCUGCCGCACACACACCAAAGACAUGGGACAAUGCAAAAACGUGUUAUUACCCAAUGAGAACACGGAACUAUGAGAAUGAUGUAAGCUCAUCACAAAAGAACAAGAAGAGUUACUUGACAACACCAUUUAUUGGCAAGAGGCUUUUUACAGACGAGGUCAUCGAAGAAGAUGACCAAGAUGGGACCAAAGAUCAACCAAUCCCUGUCAUCGAUGAGUUGCAAUUAUCUCCGGACGUUCAAAUUCUGGGGGAGAGAGUAUUCAAUGGUUCAUGCUCUAACAUGGUAAACACAGCAGACAAUCUGUAAAACAGCAACCUUACAUUAGGCAGUUACUCAAGUGGCAAGGAAAAUCUGCCUCCCAAAAGGCUUGUACGCCCAAGCAAGUAUCAAUGCUCACCUUUCGAUAACGAUCUGAGAGGCCCUCUCACGCCACUUGAGAAGCAGCUACACAGCAACAUUGUGGCACUAAGCAAAAUUGAACCUGAUAGAAGGGCAGUGUUGGUCGAUAAAACCAGUCUAUCCCUUGGACAACUCAGCAAUUCAUUCGACACCAACGGACAUGUGGAAGCUUAUGUUUUCAAUGUUUUCUGCCGGUUGCUCUUUCGUGAUAACCAUCCAAGGCAAUCAAAGAAGCACUACUUCUUCACUACUAUCGAUGAUUAUUUUCUUCAAGCAUGGACUACUGAAGAAGGAAGGAUAUUAAUGAGAAGGAGAGCACUUAUAAGUUUUAGUGGAGCAGGAACAACAUUGCCUCUACAUGAAAGUGAACGUCUGUUUUUUUCCAUCAGUACAUCACGAGCACUGGAUAUUGUUUAUUGUUGAUAUUGUUGCAAGAAAAUUCAUUUUCCUAGAUUCAGUUUAUUAUGGCGAGUCACCCUUUCACAUGGAGGUAAAAGAUUUGAUGAUAAACAAUUUUAUCAAAACAUGGGAAGAGUCGAGACUCGGGAGAAUGGGGUUCAGAAACUUUGGUAUAGAAUACCCAAACAUGCCUAAGCAAAUUGGAAGAGAUGCUUGCGGGAUUUUUGUGCUCAAGUGGAUGCAAACUUUUGCUUCGCGGAAUCCUCUCCAGCCCCAAUUCAGGAUGAAGGACGUGGCAGAUGCAAGGGUCAGACUUGCUGUUGAUAUCCUCUUCAGCAAUCAUAACACUGAUGAUGAUGCCAAAAGACUUGUCAAGUACUUUCGUCAAUAAACUGGGAGUUGAGGACAGCAUUGAUCUACAAGGGGGGAGGGGCAAAAAGAAUGAAGAACUAAAUAAAUACUCUAGAUUUUUUAGAUGUCUUUCUCUUUUUUUGUACAUGUUUUUUGUGUUCGCUCGAUGAGUAUCUUGGGAAAAUCAACGGAUAUACCAAAGUAAUGCAAAGAAUUUUUUGUUCGGAUGAAAAACAUUUUUACAGUGAAGGGUAAUGGAAAGUAUUUGUUUUGUCUUC